AUGAUGCCAGACAGCAACCUCCUCCUGCUCGAGUCCAGCACCGCGCAUCGGGCGCCGAGUCUCCACUGCACCACGCCGCCGAGAUCCGCCGUCAUCAAUGUGCAGGAUGAAGCACCGCUCCACCAAAAAACCGCCCACUGGUCCCUCAAACCCGUGUACGCCUCCAAGAAUGACGCCCCCAAGGAGGAAACGACACCAACGCACCGCCGUGUUAGAGGGCUCAGUGGUAGCUCCGCUUGCCGAUGGUAUAUUCAUGAGGAUAUACCCGAUAUCAAUUCCUUCAGUGCUAGAUCCAAUUGUUCAACCGUGCUUCAGCUGGCUCAACUUGGUCCUUUUGACGAAAUGAACAAGUGGUUCCACUGUACUGCUGUUGUUGACAGAAUUAUGCCUGAUAAGCGUUGGUGGUUUGCUUCGUGUGGCGCAUGCCGCAAAUCCGCUAGGUUCCUCGGUGACCGGUGCCAAUGCUCAGACAUUAGCUGCACUUCUGGUGGUGCAGACCUAACAUACUGUGUUGGUGUCAUAGCGACCGAUGGCACGACGGAGGCUGAGUUUGUCCUCUUUGACAAAAUAAGCAUGAUAGAAGAGACUUAUAAUCCUGAGCUACCGUCAUCUGUUUUUGGUCUCGCUUCAGCCUCCGAUAAAUCAUCCUCAUCCAGUCAGGUUUUGGAGCUGGGUGCCCCUUAUGUGGGUAAUGCUGUGUCGACCGUAAUGAGCCCACCUUGUGGCCUGAGUCUCCAUGAUGGACAUACCUUACCUGCUAGCGGCCAGUCACCCACAAUUCAGCCUCACACGCUGACUUUCCACGGUACCGGCUUGCCCUUCACCUCCAGUGGCAGGCUCUGCCCAUACUACACAUUCUACAGUUUCAUGGAUGAAGCUGAACUCUAUUGGUGCUAA